AUGUUACCAUUAAGAUAUGAUUCAAUUUCAGAAGACGUUGUGAAAGAAGACAUUGUGGAAGAAGACAUUGUGGAAGAAGACAUUGUGGAAGAAGACUGUGUGGAAGAAGAUGGUGUGGAAGAAGACGGUGUGGAAGAAGACAAUGUGGAAGAAGAUGGUUGA